CAAUCAGCGAGGCCGCUUCCCCCCUCGACGUCAGUCGCCUCUCCUCGUGGCCAAUCGGAUGGUUCGACGUGAGUGUACUUCACCCGCCUGCACGCCUCGGCGAAGGUAGACGGGACGUUCGGCCGAAAGUCUUCUCUCCUCACCUACACUCACCCUGCGUUGUCCACCAUGGAGGUGAACGGCACGUCGGACAUCCUGAGCUCCGCUUACCUGGCGGCGGAGUACGUAGAUGCAGUUUUGCCGGAGAACCCCUUCCAGCCCUCACUGAAACAUGCCUGGGACUACAUGCUGGACAACUACACCAAGUUCCAGAUUGCCACAUGGGGGUCGCUCAUCGUCCACGAGGUCAUCUACUUCCUGUUCUGCCUGCCUGGGUUCCUGUUCCAGUUCAUGCCCUUCAUGCAGAAAUACAAGAUACAACCGGACAAGCCAGAGACCUGGGAGAAGCAGUGGACAUGUUUCAAGAUGCUGCUAUUCAACCAUUUCUGUAUCCAGCUGCCGUUGAUCUGCGGGACUUACUACUUCACGGAAUUCUUCAACAUCCCUUACGACUGGGACUCAAUGCCUCGCUGGCCGCUGGUGCUCGCUCAGUGCUUCGGCUGCGCCGUCGUUGAAGACACCUGGCACUACUUCCUCCAUCGUCUGCUGCAUCACCGCAGGAUCUACAAAUACAUCCACAAGGUCCACCACGAGUUCACCGCUCCGUUCGGCAUGCAGGCGGAAUACGCUCAUCCCGCCGAGACUCUCAUCCUGGGAGCCGGUUUCUUCAUCGGCAUCAUGAUCUUCUGUAACCACGUGUUCUUCCUGUGGGCCUGGGUGUCCUUCCGUCUGCUGGAGACCAUCGACGUCCACAGGUGGGACUCAUCUUCCAAUCGGUUUUCGGGUUACGACAUCCCUCUGAACCCGCUGCACCUCAUCCCGUUCUACGGCGGCACACGUUUCCACGACUUUCACCACAUGAUCUUCGUCGGGAACUACUCCUCCACCUUCACCUGGUGGGACAAGCUGCUGAAGACGGACAACCAGUACAACAAGUACAUGGAGAAACAGGGAGAGAAGAAGGAGCAGUGAACCCAUCACGGGCCUUUGUUCUUACAGCGGCCUGUUUCGUCGGGAGCAGGGGAGAGGCAGCGACUAGGACGGACGCGCACACACACACACACACAAACACACACACACACACACACACACACACACACACAAGCCAGUCAGUGUGUUGGCUUCGUUCUUCUGUGCCUUACUAUUUCUGUCUGCUUCUGGUAACGGCUGCCGAUUGAAUAAAAAAACGUCAACAUCCUCAUUUUGAUGUGUCGCUCUGCUUGGUCAUUGCACGCUUCGAGAACAAACGUCUUUCUUGUGAAAUGCUUGUUUUACCUCCGAAUGUCUGAGCACUUUACCGCUUCCUCUUGAGUUUAACUGAGUCAGAGAGUAACUCGGUGUCACAGCUGCUGUUCAGUUAGAAUUGUCUGGACUCAAGUCGAGUUUGAUGUAAAUCCAUGUAAACAUUUUGAUGCGAAAGGGUUAAGGGUGUUGUUAUAAAUUGUACAAAUAAAUAAAUGCUGUCUUGAUUUUUACACAAAUAAACAUUGAAUAUGU